GUUCAUUCAGUCAGUGUUCGACAAUCGACGUUGUGUGAUGUGUUCUGUCUGUCUGUUUCAUUUGUUCUGUUCGUUGGAGGUUUCCGAUCAAUAUUAAUUAAAUACAGGACGUGUUAUUUUAUGAGUUGUAUCACUUGAGAAGAUGGCGACUAUCUGUAAUAAGGAAAAUAAUAUGAAGCAGCCAACAACGUUACAAGAGGCGAUUAACGUAAUCAAAUUCUUAAAAACAGCUCAUAAGCAAGAAAUGGCUAAAAUGAAAGAGGCUUAUACGAAACAAAGUGAAAUUAUAAAAAAGCUAGAAGAAACAAGAAAGAAAGAGUUAGAAUUUCUAUCAAAAGAACUUGAAAAAUAUGAAUUAAAUUUAUCGCAAAGAACAGAAGCAGUUAAUAAGCAAUUAUCAGAAAAAGAUGAAAUUAUUAAGAAACAAGAACAAAUCAUUGAAGAUCUGAAGAAUGAAUUAAAAACAAAAGAAAAUUUAAAUGUGCCUGAAAUUUCUUUAAGCGUCGAAUCGAACUCUGACUCCGGAGUUGCUUUGGAGAAUGAGGAUAGUUCAAACAAUACCAAAGAUUCAAAGACUGCAGCAAAAGCCACGAGAAAAUGUAGUAGACGGUUUGCGGAUCCUAUAAGCUUUUUACGUCGCGUUGAUUUUUCUCCAAUGAAAUAUAAACCAAAUAAUCGUGAGGGCACAAAAAAGAAAGACGAAAAGAAAAAGAAUUUAGAUGUCCCAAAUCUAGACACCAGAGUUCUUCUUAGACAGCAAAGUAAUGAAAAACCUACUAGCGAUGAAGAAAGACAUAUUUCUGAAGAUGCUUCAUUUUCAGAUGAAACAAUGACUUCUAUCCUAAUACGACCUAAGAAACUAGACGAGAGCAUGAAUAACCACUUCUCUGAUGAUGGAAGUGAAGACACCAGUGAAGAACUUUUCGAUAGAGUGAUGAUACGAAGUAGUAUCAGAAGAUCAGUCAAAGCAAAUCCAAAAUAUAAAAAAAUAAAUCGAACAAAAUCCAAACUUUUAGAGCAAGUUAAAAUAAAUAUUGUCGAUUGAAUCAAUUAUUUGUCAUGUUUAUAAGCUCAAUUUAUUUUCAAAAAUAUCGCGAUCGCAUUUCAAUUAAAUUGAUGUGGGUUGUAUAUUAAAACAUUGCGUAUGUGAA